AGAGCAUUUGUCUGCUUCCGUGAUUGUGUUUGGACUUUGGGAAAAGUAAAACCAGGGUGUUUUUCUUAAUUUUUGGUUUGAAGUUUUUUUAUUGCAUUGCUAAAUUUCUCUUCCAUAAGGCUGCACCCAACUGUAAAUUGUAAUAGAUUCUGAAGUUGGAUGGAUUUAAUUUUGCAUGUGAACAAGCGAUUACUUAUUUAAAUACGACGUGAACCCUCAUCGGCUUUUGAAUCCGCUGCUUGUGUUUACGAUUGUGCUCAGUGCUGUUUGAUUCAAAGUCUCCUUUCAGUAUGUUAUCGUUACGGAAGGCAGCAACAUCUUCUUUGACAGCACUGUUGAAUUCCAUACCAUGUCAACUAGUCAGGCUUGCUUCCACGGCGGCAUCGGCGCCUAAUAUUUCCAUUCAGGAUUUAGAGGUAUCGCGACAGUUCUUGGCUCUUCCACGUACUCCGUUGCCUCCGCUCUCAACACUUGUGGAACCGGCUCCCAAGACGAAGCGGACAGUAACGAACGAGACCAUAAGAGCGCAGCGCAAUGCCCUGUUCACCCAAGAAAAAAUCCGACAGAUUGAAUCCGUGACACGGGUGGAAAAAAUUGAGGUAUUGCAUCGUGGACAGCCGGAAGAUGUGACGCUGAUCAUGAAUAAAAACUUCUCCACUCCACUACACUGCGCGCAACACAUCAGCGAGGUGCUGGUUAAGCGUAGUGCCUUGGCGAUGGUAGAUGGCAAACCAUGGGAUAUGAAUCGGCCUCUGGAACGCGAUUGUGUUCUGGAACUGCAACAUUUUAUCCAAGAAGACCCUAACGAAGCGAAUUUGGCAUUCUGGCGAACAGGAUCGUUGAUUCUUUCCUACGUGGUGGAUCGAGCUUUUCGGGAUGAUUAUUUAGUGCAGGUGCAUAGCUGGCCGUAUCAGGACAUUCAGUCUGGAAGCUUCAUCUGCGACGUUGAUCUGGACAUGCCAGAGUGGAAUCCCAAAGAAGACGAACUUCGCGCUCUGACCAUUAUUAUCUCGCAGCUACGCAGUCGCAAGUUGCCCAUUGAGCGUCUCGAAAUUAGCGCUGAUUUAGCCAUGAAAAUGUUUGAGCAUAAUAAAUUCAAGAAGCUACAGAUUCCCGUCAUUGCUGAAAAGAGUCCCACCAAAGAUCGCGUAGUUGUGUAUAGAGUGGACGAUCAUGUGGAGAUCAGCAGUGGACCAAUGAUCGCUAACACGGGCAUGAUUGGGCGGCAUCAGAUUACCGCUGUGUACCCUAUUGAUUGCCAUGGGAUUGGAAGACUGUACAGAUUUCAGGGCCUCGCAAUCCCGGAACAACAACCUCUGAACUAUUUCGCAUGGAAUAUUCUUGUUAGUCGAGCCAGACAAUUUAAUGGUUCACCAGUGCCGAUCAAUGAAACAGAAUGAUUUUUUUGUAGCUCAUUUACUGUCGAGUGUCGCCAAUUGCCUCCCUUUGUGUUAAAUCACUGCAGAAUCAGAUAAAUAAAACAAAAAUUAGAAAACCAUUUCUUUCCUUCUACAGUAAAUUAAAUUAACCGCGGUCCUCCA